CUGCGCUGUGCUGAAGGAUGUGGGCAGCUGUCAUGGCAGCGGCUGGAGGAGCAUAACAGUCACUGCUGGAAAGGAGAACCUUCCCUGAUCCACUGCCUCGGUUUUCGUACUACCCAUUGUAAAAAUGAAUACAAAAAUAUUGAGUAAUAAGUUGGGAAUUAAGACUGGUCCAACAAAACCAGACCCUGAAAUGGAAAAGCUCAAGAAAGAAAAUGCAGCCUUGAAAAAGACACUCGAUGAAAUGUCCAAAUCAAAGGGAAAAAUGUCAGAUGUGGAAAAGAAAAAGCUGUUGGAGAAAAUCCUUGAGCUGGAAACCUUGAAAGUGAAAAAUGCCCAAGAGAUUACCAAACAAUAUCAAGAGAUAGAAAACUUGAAGCAUGCACUGAAAUCUAAACUUAAUGAUCAAGUUUCAACUGCUGAAACAGAUGCAAAAACAAUGGCAAACCUUGCUCAAAGUCUAAGGAACCCGGCACCUGCAAUUACAACUUCUCAACAAAAUCCCCAGAAAAUGAAAAAUCAAGGUGCAGAUGCAAAUGUGGACAUUCUUCAGGUGCAGUUAAAAGAUGCUCUUGAGAAAAAUCAACAGUGGUUGUCUUAUGACCAGCAGCGUGAGACAUAUGUUCAGGGUUUAAUGGCGCGAAUCUACGAACUGGAGCAGCAGGUUGCAGCCGUUAACCAGACUCUUCAACAGCAAGUCAAGGAAUCUUCUGACGCAAAACAAGAUGACAAGCAGAAAUAUUAUGACAAGCUUUUACUGACGGCAAAGAAGGAUCUUGAAGAGGAACAGAAACUGGUAGCCCAGUUAAAUGCUGAACUUGCCACCACUAGAACGAAGUAUGAAGAGAAAAAGAAAGAAGUGGAGGAACUCUCUGUAUCUGUCCAGUUGGUGCGUGAGGAUGAGAAACAACUGCGGGAAGAUGAACGAAAACGAGUGAAGGACAAAAUCCAGAGGUUAAAGAUUGAGCUUGAAUUGUGCAGAAACAAAGUUGUAGAAGAAAAGAAUAGAUCUUCAGAGCUUUUAAAUCGGGUUCAAGCGAUGCAGCAGUCAUUAUUAAAGAAUCAAGAGGAUGAGGAGAGAGUUAUUUCAUUGGAACAGCAGAUCCAACGGUGUACUUCAGACUUUGAGAAUGAGAAAAUCGACCGUCAAAAAGUUCAACAUCAGUUACAUAAAGUUCUCAAAGAACUGCGGAAGGCCCGGGAGCAGAUAACUAGGCUGGAACCAACUAAACAUCUCCAUGACGUCUGCUACAUUGACUCGUCCAAGAACUUCCACACAGAGUUUGAUGAGAAGCUGUCUAUGCGAGAGCAAUACCCGUCCCCAAAACACAGAAGCCCCCUGGAUGAAAGCUUCCUGGAGUGUCCCAAGUGUAAAGCAAUUUAUCCUACAAGCGAGCACCGAGAACUUCUUGCUCACAUUGAUUACUGCACCAGCUGAAUAAAGAAAGCAAACUCCCUUCCUCAACAUACAUUGGAUAUUACUGACAAAAUCUGCUGCUUUCCUGAUGAGCAGUGGAUGUAUUUUUACACUCCUUUCUAAUGUAUUAGAACUAUGUGUCAAUAAUUCGUCUUGCUAUUCAUUGUGUAUUGUAUGUGCCAGUAUGAAUAGGAGACUUAAUAGAGCUAAUAUUCAGCCAGUAGAGCUUACAUUGUAAUCCAUGACAUUUUUACAGGUGGGUAAAAGGUUUUUAAGACACCGUGGUCUCCGGAGAUUUAAGAACAUGUAAUAUCUUAUGACUGUUAAUUGUAUCUAUUUACUGUUGGUAUAUAUAUAUGUGUGGAUUUACAAUGUGUUUUUUAAAGGAACUACUGACAACUUACGAUAAUUACUCUGCUUGAUCCAUUGAAGGGAUUCGUCAGAUGUUGCAAAAGCGUGGCAUUUGGCUUAUAUAUUGCACUGCUAUUAUAUUUUGUUACUGUAUAUUGAAUGUGACUGAUGAACAUCAUUACGUUCCAUGAAACUCUUCACUUAUUUCGAGGUCAUGUUGAUGGUUUAUUUUGGCAACACAGAAGUUUGGGAACUUUAUUACUUAUGAUGCACAGCCACCCAACUGUAAUGCCAAGAAUAGCCAUUGCUGGCAUCGCAUUCCUUAUAAAAGU